AAGGUGGGAAGUCCUCUGCCGGAUGCGAAUGGUCUUGGAUGGCCCGCAAAGUCUACCCACCUGCGUUUGAAUGCAACCCCAGAGGAACGUGCGGAACGCGAAAAGAAGCUCUCGGCCGCAGUACGCACAAUUCUGGAAUGUAUCGGAGAGGAUCCUGACAGGGAAGGGCUGCUCAAAACCCCCGAUCGUUAUGCGAAGGCCCUCCUCUGGAUGACUCGGGGCUAUGAGGAACGUCUAGCAGACAUCAUAAACGAUGCCGUCUUCGAAGAGGACCACGAAGAAAUGGUGCUUGUUCGCGACAUUGAUAUUUCUAGCCUGUGCGAACAUCACCUUGUUCCAUUUACGGGCAAGAUUGCGAUAGCCUACAUUCCGAACAAACUGGUGCUCGGCCUUUCUAAACUCGCUCGCAUUGCCGAGACUUUCAGCCGCCGGCUGCAGGUCCAGGAACGACUGACGAAGCAGGUCGCGCUCGCUGUCCAAGAAGCGAUCCGUCCUCGCGGCGUCGCUGUCGUAAUGGAGGCGACGCAUAUGUGCAUGACGAUGCGUGGCGUUCAGAAGCCGGGCGCAGUGACCGUGACGUCCUGCAUGCUUGGGUGCUUCCGCACGCAACAGAAGACUCGUGAGGAGUUCCUCACACUUAUCAAGGGCCGGUAA